AUGUCAAAUGAAACAGCGUCUAUGAGAGAAAUACAACACAACCGACAACUCAUUAUGCAAGCUCUAAAUAAGAACACAACAAACUUUUCAAACUAUUCUAAGAUAUCUGAGUCAUUGAAAGGGGGUGACUUAAAACUGACAAUAAACCCAAUGACAGAUGAGUUUCUGUUUCAAGACAAUAAGAACCAUACUGUCUGCAUAAAUCCAACAAAAGGAACUUUAAACGAGAAACCUAUAAAUGAACUUCUUUUGAAAGCAGAUGUUGACAACAAAGCUGACAAAGAAUAUGUAGACGAUGCAAUAGCAAAAGAAGAAGAAAGAGCUAACAAUGCUUAUGCAACAAAAGAACAUACUCAUCCUGAACUAGCAGACAAAACAUAUGUUGACAAUAAAAUGUCAAGUGAAGUGACAAGAGCUGAAAACGAAUAUUCUAAAAAGACUCAUAUACAUUAUAUUAACCAAAUACCAAGUCUUAAGGGAACAUUAGAGACAAAAGCAGAUAAGACUCAUACACAUUCUAUAUCUGAUAUUACAAACUUACAAGAAACCUUAAACAGUAAAAGUGCCGUUGGACAUACACAUACCAUUGCAAAUAUUACAAACUUACAAGAAACCUUAAACAGUAAAAGUGCCGUUGGACAUACACAUACCAUUGCAAAUAUUACAAACUUACAAGAAACCUUAAACAGUAAAAGUGCCGUUGGACAUACACAUACCAUUGCAAAUAUUACAAACUUACAAGAAACCUUAAACAGGAAAAGUGACGUUAGACAUACACAUUCUAUAUCUGAAAUAACAGACUUAAACGUUAGCCUUGAAAAGAAAGCAGAUAAAACAUAUGUCAAUGAAAUAUACCAAAGUUUGAUAGGAACAAAAAAAAUAUUGAAACUAUUGUUGGUGACUUUUCUGUCAAUGAAGAAAAUAAAUAUUUUAGAUGGCAGUUUGUACAGUCCUUAA